GUUCCUAUAUCCAUCGAGCAGUGGGAUCGGGGGGUGGUCUUCUCCCACGUCGAGCGGGGGAGGAGCGGGAGAGAAGAGGGAUCGAGGUGUUCCCCCUUGCUUCUCUCUUUCUCUCCCUCUAUCUCUAUCUCUAGCUCUCUCGUCGCCAUCAUGGAGGUUCCGGAGAUCCAUGGGGUCGUUGUGGAGAAGGUGGAGGAGGGUCGUGUUGCUCAUCCCCAGCCCCGGGUGGAUCCCUUCCUCGUCGAGGCUCUCCAGAAUCCUCGGCAUCGGCUUACAGUUUUGCGGAUGGAAUUGGAUAUCCAAAGGUUCAUGCAGAACCCUGAACAAUAUCAAUUUGAAUUCCAGCAUUUUCCCACAUCAUAUCUUCGUUGUGCUGCACAUCGUGUUGCUCAGUACUAUGGUCUACAGACCCUAUUGCUAGACAAUGGUUUAGAUGGUUCAGGCAACAGAAUAUUAGCAAUGAAAAUACCUGAAAGUAGAUUUCCAUCUGUCCAUCUAUCGGAUAUUCCUACGAAACAGGCUGAAACUGAAAAUAUUGGACGAGUUAACAUUGCUAUUAAGGCGAGGCCAAAUAAAGCUUCAUCUGGCGGUGGAGUUGACCUAGAAGCAAAGAAGAGUCAAGUGAGAACUGUGGAAGAGAGGAAAGAAGAAUAUGACAAAGCUCGAGCUCGCAUUUUUAGUUGUUUUAGCAGUCCAGAAGUUGAGGGUUCUUGUAUGGUUGCAGCUGAAGAUGGAAAUAUUUAUGAAAGCGCAGAUGAACAGGAAAAUUGCAGGACUUGGGCUGAUGAAGGUGAAAAGACCAGCCCAAAAGAUGGUGCUUCCAGAGUGGCCAUUUUCAGAGACAAGGAGAAGGAUCGAAAUGAUCCAGACUAUGAUCGGAGUUAUGACAGAUAUGCAAGGAGUUUCUCAUUUAGCCCAACCUUCGGUGUGGGGGCAUGCAAUGUUGUUCAGUCUCCGUUGAUGCCAUAUGAAGCGGGUUUCCCUCAGGUGCCUAGGGUCCAAUCCUCAAUGAGUUUUAGCCAAUCAAACCCAGUUAGAGGCCCAUUUUGUGCUUUCGGAUGCAACCAGACUUCCAGGGAUGCUGUCUACAUGCAAUGGCCUAGCACUGCCAUGUUUUAUGCCCAUUCCUAUGAACAUUUCAGGCAUGCCGUGUUCCAGGCUCCGUUCUAUCAGCAGCCUCUUAGCUUUGAUGGAAAGCCUCAGCAAUGAUGUAUCAUCUCUUUACUAAACUAGUGGUAGAGUAGGCAAUAUUUCAGAUUGAAAAACUGUACCCUUCUCUAUUGUUGUAGGUCUUGUGAUUGUAGUGGACCUGUUGUGUGUAAGUCAACCAUUCAAAACUAUCUUUUUAGUAUUUUUUUUUGUUUUUGUGUUUUGGGUCUUGUUUGAAAAAGUGCUACUACUACUACUA